AUGGCUUGGAAGCGCCUUCUAACCCUAGGUCGCGGGUCUCACAGGCCCUUAUCCGCCACUACUUUCAGAUCCUUUUCCGAUGCCGCCGUCGCCACCGUACCAACUCCGCCACCACCAACCGCCAUGAUCUACGACCGAAUGGCCGAAUCGGUCAACUCAAAGCUCAAAAUCCUCGAAAACCCGGACCCAAGAUUUCUCAAAUACGGGUCGCCUCACCCAACUCUCAAAAGCCAUACCCAUAUCCUCUCUUCACCUGAAACACGCAUCACUACCCUACCUAGUGGUCUACGUGUUGCUACGGAGUCGAAUCUUGCUUCGAAGACUGCUACUGUUGGGGUUUGGAUUGAUGCUGGGUCGAGAUUUGAGUCCGAUGAGACAAAUGGGACUGCUCAUUUUUUGGAACAUAUGAUAUUUAAGGGGACGGAGAAGAGGGGUGUGAGGGAAUUGGAAGAGGAGAUUGAGAAUAUGGGAGGGCAUUUGAAUGCGUAUACGAGUAGAGAACAGACUACUUAUUAUGCUAAAGUUAUGGAUAAAGAUGUUAAUAAGGCCUUGGAUAUUUUGGCCGAUAUUUUGCAGAAUUCUACUUUCGACGAGGAGAGGAUGUCUAGGGAGAGAGACGUUAUCACUUUGGAAAUGAAGGAGUUGUGGGUUUUGGCUGUUUAUGUGUUAAGUUUUGUGCUUUUGGGUUUAACUGUCGCGAAAAUUGGUGUCUUUGUUGUUUUAGGUGUUGAGGGACAAACUGAGGAAGUAAUUUUUGACCAUUUGCAUGCAACUGCUUUCCAAUACACUCCUUUAGGUAGAACUAUUCUGGGACCUGCUAAAAAUAUCGAGACAAUAUCCAGGGAUGACCUUCGGAACUAUAUACAAACACACUACACAGCUCCUAGAAUGGUGAUUGUCGCCUCAGGAGCUGUGAGGCAUGAUGAAUUUGUUGGGGAAGUAAAAAAGCUGUUUACUAAGUUAUCAUCUGAUCCAACCACUGCUUCUCAAUUAGUUGCUAAAGACCCUGCAUAUUUCACUGGUUCUGAGGUUAGGAUAAUUGAUGAUGAUAUUCCUCUGGCACAAUUCGCGGUUGCUUUUCAAGGAGCAUCUUGGACAGAUCCAGAUUCCAUUCCUUUGAUGGUCAUGCAGGCUAUGUUGGGUUCUUGGAACAAGAGUGCUGGAGGUGGAAAGCACAUGGGUUCUGAACUAGCACAAAGGAUUGGGAUUAAUGAAAUAGCAGAAAGUAUGAUGGCUUUCAACACAAACUACAAGGACACUGGUCUUUUUGGUGUUUAUGCUGUUGCGAAGCCGGAUUGCUUGGAUGAUUUAGCCUGGGCGAUCAUGCAUGAGACAACUAAGUUAUGCUAUCGAGUUUCAGAAGCUGAUGUCACUCGUGCCUGUAAUCAGUUGAAAUCUUCCUUGCUACUUCACAUUGACGGAAGUAGUCCUGUAGCUGAAGAUAUUGGGCGCCAGCUGCUUACUUAUGGUCGAAGAAUCCCAUUUGCGGAACUGUUUGCUAGGAUCGAUGCUGUUGAUGCUAGCACUAUCAAACGUGUUGCAAACCGAUUUAUUCACGAUCAGGAUAUUGCAAUUGCUGCCAUGGGUCCCAUCCAAGGGUUGCCUGACUACAACUGGUUCAGACGCAGGACAUACUUGAACCGCUACUAG